CCAAAAGGAGUCCUUAAAAGGCCAAAAGAACAGAACAUUGUGACAGAGUGUUCCAGAGUUUGUUGAACUGUGAAGAGAAGAGAAGAGGGUAACUGCAACCAAGCAAGCGAAGCAGUGAUGGAGGAUAGGAUGAAGAAGACGGUGCUUUCUCCACCCAUUGUGCUUCUCUUUCUAGCUUUCUCACUUCUUCUCUUGCUUCCAGAAGCUUCGGCUACAAAGUUUAACGUUGGAGAUAGCAAGUUUUGGAACCCCAAUAUCAACUACACUGAAUGGGCCAAAGGAAAACAUUUCUACCUUGGAGAUUGGCUGUAUUUUGUUUACGACAGGAACCAAGCUAGCGUGCUGGAAGUGAACAAGACCGAUUAUGAGACUUGUAACUCUGAUCAUCCACUCACAAACUGGACAAGGGGUGCAGGAAGAGAUGUGGUUCCUCUAAACGUAACCAAAACCUACUACAUCAUCAGUGGCAAAGGGUUCUGCUUCAGUGGCAUGAAGGUGGCUGUUCAUGUUGAAAAGCUACCACCUCCGCCGAAAGCCGCCCCUGUAAAAUCCGGCGCACCAACACUCUUCUCCACCGGCCACAUUCUUCUCACGCCUGUUGUUUUUGCCGUCGGAGCAGCGUGGGAUGCAUUCAUUCAUUUCUGGUAGUGAAUACCACACCACCAUUGAACAACAUCAUUGGAUAAGUGUUAAUGUUGUGUUAGUUGAUUUUAUUUUUUGUUGAAAGGCAAUUGUUGUCUGCAUUGCAUGGUGAUUGUAGUUGUUGGCCUCAAAUGGGUCAGACAAAAGGGUGAUUUUUCAGCAAGUUAGGUAGUGUCUGUUUGAUUUUCAAAAUGUGUUGUGUUUCUGCAUGAUUAUGGUCAGAAAUAUGCCACAAACUGGUUUAAAUUAAUUUGAUUUAUUGGAGAAUUCAAAUGCGGGAA